AUGUCAAAGAAACACCUAUGGAUGCAAGGACCGACCCGAGCCUCCGACUCAAUGCCGAAGGGGAAGGUGGAGGAACGCGCGAUAUUGGCCAACUCUGGUUCAAGCACCAAAUGUGUGUAUAUUUCCCGCGAGAUCAGUAAAACACUGGCCAUCGAGCAACGGAUCGAAAUCUUCAAAUUUGAGCACGCGAAAAACCGGAAGAAGGUGCUUGAGCGACAGACAGCAAGGGCCAAUGCUCUAGAAGCGAUGAUAGUGCGUAAAAGGGAGGAACUUGAGAUGAGAGACGUUCGCAUCAAGGAGUUGGAGGCCGAGAACGAAGAUUUGCGUGGUUUAGAAGGGUCGAAGAGGGACAAGCAAGGUAUUGACUGGUCACCUUACAAGUGGUUAGAAUGA